CAAAGAAAAAAAUCAAAGACUUUGAGGGUGCUUGACUUAGGAAGCAAAAUGAGUAGAAAGAAAGCAUUCAUAGUAAAUCAUUCACACUCCGAGCAAGUACCUCAUUUUUUCUCUUAAGUCUUGGCAACUUGCCCAAUGGAGUUACCGAAUUGGAUAAAAGAGCGAUGGCAGAAAGCAGAAGAAUCGAGGGCGAAAUUAGUGGGAGAUGCUAGCAAUGUUUCAAAUUCUAGAAUACUAAGAACUCCCGAAUACUUGGCUGAAAGGGUCGAGUUUAGAAGAUAUUAUUUUCCACAGCUCAUUGCAAUUGGUCCGGUUCAUCUAGACAGACGAAUAAACCAUCUCCAAGGAGAGCCAUUCAAGGAAGCUUGGACAAUCAUGUAUCUUACGGAUACUAAUCAAUCUGUCAAUGGUUUAUAUAACACAAUAAUUCUUGAAUCAGAAAUGCUCGAAGAAAUAAGACAGCUGCAUGGAGAAGAGAUAUGGCAAAGCUUGUCUUGUGUCUACGGCGAUGUGGGACACCCGUACGAGUUCAUCACAUGGUUAUUAGUAGUGGAUGGAUGUUCUAUUCUUCAUUUGUUGGAAAAAUCAGGAGACUCGGUUGAUCCCCAGCGAGAUCUAAACAUUAGCGUCGACAAGCUUGUGCGGAUGUUCCAGGAUCUUCUUAUAAUGGACAACCAAAUUCCUUUUAAAGUGCUGAGGUACUUCUGCAAAGAUGAAGCCAGGCUUGAGAAAUGCCUCCGCAACUUCCUUCAAGUUCAUGGUAUUAAGACGGCACCCGAGCUCGGAAAGGGAAAGAAGUACACACAAGAACUCAAACUAGUUGUCCAGGGAGAUGAUGAGGAUCCUGUCCAUCUUCUAGAUUAUCUACGGAGGGCCCUCUUGAUGAGAGACCUCGACACAAUCCAUAAAGAGAUUCCGGCGGCCGAGAAGAAGAUCCUUGCACCUUACAAAGUACAGGAUUGGAAGCAUACGAGAACUCAAGGCAGCUGGGAUUAGUUUGAGAAGACAUUCGGCUGGAAACUCAAUCUAUCCCAGCUUCAAAGAUGGGAUAUUACAUCUUCCAGAGCUAGUUGUGGAUGGCACAACGCCUCAUAUAUUCCUCAACCUAGUAGCCUAUGAGAUGACUCAUUUCCACAGCGACUUUGAGAUCAGUUCAUAUUUAGUUCUCCUGAGCUCUCUUGUUGACCAGCCGGAGGACGUGAAGGAGCUGAGAUUGGCUGGCAUACUUAUCAAUGAACUUGCAAGUGACAAAGAAGUGUCUGAUCUGUUCAAUAAGAUGGACAUUAUUUUGGUUCCUGAGACACCGUGGUUUGCUAAUAUCAGAGACCAAAUCCAUUCACAUUUUGAGUCCAAACGAGGCAGGAUCAGGAUGCUGUCUUGGUUGGGAGAGGCCUAUAACACCUUUUUUCGCUUGCCAUGGACCAUCAUUGCUUUGUUGGCUGCCACACUUGGCCUUGUUCUCACAUUUAUCCAGACAUGUGCCACGCCUAGCGUCAAGGAGCUAGUUUUCAACCAAGCAAUUUCAGAGAAGCUAAGAAGUUGUCUAAAGUGCAAUGUAGAAUUAAUUCUAGAAAACAGAAUCAUCUCUUAUCAACCCAAAAGACACACUCAAAGAAUGAUUCGUGUUCUUUUCUUAGGACUCCACUGUAGCGUCCUCUCCUUUCGUAUGGCUGAAUCAUUCUUUUUUUAAAGUUUUAUUUUUGUGUGUUUGAUUAUGAAUAAACCAUCACUCACAUAAGUAUGUGAACAAUAAUUUGUAUUUGAGUUUUAUGGUGUUAUGCAUCUGGUGGAUGAUAAACUAUCUGCUAGUUACCUUGAUUUGUUUUUGUUCUUCUCCUCCAAUUUGAGGAAAAUCACUCUCAUACUAUUGUCUUCUUGCUUGUCAU